AUGGACAAGAGGCAAGUUAAAAGGAGAAAAUUGCUUAUCAAUGCUGCUGCAUAUAUUGCCGCUUCUAUGGUUGUUCUGUAUGUCCGGUCCAGAUUAAGGAAUAGGAGAGAGCCUAUUACAUAUGGCCCAUUAGUGGAAAGGGAUGCGGCUAGAAUAUCCUACAUGAAUGAUAAAAUUUUGCGGGAUGACACAACCUGCACAAAUAUGAUUAGGCUUAAGAGAGCAUCUUUCUUUCAACUGUGUCAAGUUUUAAGGGAACGACAGUUGCUUUGUGACACAAUACAUGUAUCUGUUGAAGAGCAAGUUGCCAUGUUCCUCCAUACGAUUGGACACAAUGAAAGGAAUAGAGUAGUUGCUACAAACUUCGGGAGAUCAAGUGAAACAGUGAGUAGAUACUUUAGAAUCGUCCUCAAUGCCAUAGGUGAGCUGAGAAAUGAUCUUAUCCAACCACCUUCUUUGGAGACCCCAACCAAAAUCGCAGGCAACCCUAGAUGGGAUCCAUACUUUAAGGACUGUAUUGGAGCCAUUGAUGGAACACAUAUACGGGCCUCGGUUAGUAAGUCAAUGGAGCUAGCUUUUCGUGGUAGAAAGUCAUUUGCAACACAAAAUGUGAUGGCUCCUGUAGAUUUUGAUAUGAAAUUCACUUAUGUUCUGGCUAGUUGGGAGGGCACAACACAUGAUGCUGUGGUUUUAGCAGAUGCCCUAGAGCGUGAGAAUGGUGGCUUACGAGUUCCCGAAGGAAAAUUCUACCUUGUGGAUGUGGGAUACGGAGCCAAACUUGGAUUCAUGCCACCUUUUCAUGGUGUGCGCUAUCACUUGAAUGAGUGGGGAAACAAUCCAGUCCAAAAUGAGAAGGAGCUAUUCAAUCUAAGGCAUUCCUCUCUACGUGUGACUGUAGAACGUGCCUUUGGAUCACUCAAGAGAAGAUUUAAAGUCCUUGAUGAUGCUACGCCAUUCUUCCCAUACCUUACUCAAGUCGAUAUUGUCAUAGCAUGUUGUAUCCUCCAUAACUGGGUUGUUUCUCAAGACACUGAUUGUUUCAUUCUACCGAAGAACACAUUGACACCUAGUUCCCAUACUUCAGCUAGUGCACAGGAAAUGGAUGCUGCUAGGGGCCAUAUUCAAUGGACCAAUGCGAUGUCAACAUUUGUGCUGACCUACUUGUCUAAUCUAGUGAGGAAUGGCAAUCGCACCAACUUUGUGUGCAAGCAAGUCCACCUUAAUGGUUGUGCUAAGGCUUUAAAUGGGAGUCUGGGUUGUCAAGUUUCUGGUACCCAAGUUAGUAACCAUCUGAGGAAGUGGAAAAAACUUUAUAAAAAGAUGAAGAGGCUCCAGAAUAUCAGUGCUGCUCUUUGGGAUGAAGAUACUUGCACAAUUACUCUUGAUGCAGGUCACUACCAAGAAUACAUCAAGGAUCAUAAGGAUGAUGCCAACUUCCUAAACACACCAUUGGAGCACUACCGAGAGAUGGAAAUAAUUUUUGACAAUGCUAUGGCUACUGGAAAGUAUGCCAAGGGAAGCAGUGAAGCUCUUGGAACAGAUUUCAUUGAUUUGGAAAAGGUGGAGGCAAGUAAUGGAGCUGCAAAUGAACAAGGAUGUGCUAGUGAAGCUCCCACGGAAUCGUGCAACAACGGUGAAGCCACAACGUCAAGCAAUAUUGGUGGUCAGUCUUCAGCUAGUAAACUACCAGCAGCAAGGAGGGCUAGGAUAGGUGCUGAUGACGGUGGACAAUCUUCAACCAGUCAGCCACCAACAAGGAGGGCAAGGAUAAGUGGUGAUGAUGAUUUGGGAUAUAUGUUACUCAGUGGCCUUGAAAAACUCUCAGAUGAUAUUGUGCAAACUGCUACUGCUUCUGUAGACAGUGAGUUCCCAAAAGACCUAUAUGACAAUCUGAUGGUUGUCCCCGGAUUCGAUGAAGCCUACCUGGUCCACUACUAUGCUUACUUAUGUGACCAUCCUUCAGUAGCAAGGGCGUUCAACAGUGAUCUAUGUGCUGGUUUGAUUGGAGGCUUGGGCAUUUGUGGUGACAUUCUUUAUGGUGACACCCCAGUUGCAAUAUUGGUGAAGGUGGCAUUUGUCUGGCAGAAGCUGUUCAUGGUUCUGCUCCUAAUAUUGCUGGCAAGGCCAAGAAUACAGGACAAGGAAGAUCUCGUCCACGGCAUUGCCCCCGACCUCUAA